AUGGGGCGGCGGGCGCUGCUGGCCGGCCGGGCCCCGCUCCACCUGCUGCUGCUGUGCCACGCCUGGGCGCUGCCUCCGCCGCCCCGCGAGGCUCAGCCUCCGCCGGCCCGGGAGGCUCAGCCGGUGCUGCCCGCCCGCCUGCCCGCCCCGUCGGGGCAGCUGGCGCUGCGGCUGGCCGCCUUCGGGCGCGCCGUCGUGCUUCGCCUCCGGCCCGACGCCUCCUUCCUCGCCCCUCGCCUGCGCCUGCAGCGUUUGGGAGGAGGCCGGAGGCCGCCGGGCCGGGCCUCGCCCCGCCGGGGCUGCUUCUACGCGGGCACCGUCGAGGGGCGCCCCGAUGCCCCCGCCGCGCUCAGCCGCUGCGGGCCGCCCGCCGGGCUCCGCGCCGCCUUCCUGCUCGACGGAGCGGCCUACGAGCUGCUGCCGCUCGGGACGCCCGCUCCCGGCCCUCCCUGGCGCCGCUUGCACCGCCUCCAGCGCCGCGCCGCCCCGACGGCCGCCCCGACGGCGGCCCGGCCCCGGCCCCCGGCAGCCGCCGGCCCCGCGGAGCCGCUCCGGAGGCCCCGGCGCUUCGUCUCCGAGGCGCGCUACGUGGAGACGCUGCUGGUGGCCGACGCCUCCAUGGUGCGCUUCUACGGGGAGGACGUGGAGAACCACGUCCUGACCCUCAUGUCCAUGGCAGCCCGCAUCUACAAGCACCCCAGCCUGAAGAACGCCAUCAACCUGGUGGUGGUGAAGGUGCUGGUGGUGGACGACGAGGCGGCGGGGCCAGAGGUGUCCGACAACGGCGGCCUCACCCUGCGCAACUUCUGCAGCUGGCAGCAGCAGUUCAAUCCCCUGAGCGACCGGCACCCCGAGCACUACGACACCGCCAUCCUGCUCACCAGACAGGAUUUCUGCGGGCACCAGAGCUGCGACACGCUGGGGGUGGCGGAUAUCGGCACCAUGUGCGACCGCAACAAAAGCUGCUCGGUGAUCGAGGACGAGGGCCUGCAGGCAGCCUACACCCUGGCUCAUGAACUGGGCCACGUGCUCAGCAUGCCCCACGACGACUCCAAGACCUGCGAGCGGCUCUUCGGGCCCCUCGGCAAGCACCACAUGAUGGCCCCGCUUUUUGUCCACCUGAACAAGAGCCAGCCGUGGUCACCUUGCAGCGCCAUGUACCUCACCGAGUUCCUGGACGGCGGGCACGGCGACUGCCUGCUCGAUGCCCCGGCCAAAGCCCUCUCCCUGCCUGCCGAGCUGCCUGGCCGAGGGGCCCUCUACAGCCUGGACCAGCAGUGCCAGCAGAUCUUCGGCAAGGACUUCCAGCACUGCCCCAACACCACGGAGGAGGACAUCUGUGCCCAGCUGUGGUGCAGGACGGGCACCGGGGAGCCGCUGUGCCACACCAAGAACGGCAGCCUGCCCUGGGCCGACGGUACCCCCUGCAAGGGCAGUGGGCUCUGCUGGGAUGGUGCCUGCCUGCCCCAGGACGCGCUCCAGCCCCAGCCGGCAGUGGAUGGUGACUGGGGCCUGUGGAGCCCCUGGGGCGCCUGCUCGCGGACGUGCGGCGGCGGCGUGCAGUUCUCCCACCGCCACUGCGACCGGCCCCGGCCCCAGCACGGCGGCAGGUACUGCGAGGGGCAGCGCACCCGCUACCAGUCGUGUCACACCGACGAGUGCCCGCAGGAUGGCAAGAGCUUUCGUGAGCAGCAGUGCGAGAAGUACAACAGCUACAACUUCACUGACCUGGACGGGAACCGACUGGAGUGGGUCCCCAAGUACGCCGGGGUGUCCCCCCGGGACCGCUGCAAGCUCUUUUGCCGAGCCAGGGGGAGGAGCGAAUUUAAAGUCUUUGAGGCCAAAGUGAUCGACGGGACGCUGUGUGGUCCGGAGACCCUCUCCAUCUGCGUGCACGGGCAGUGCAUCAAGGCCGGCUGCGAUCACGUCGUCGGGUCCUCCAAGAAGCUGGACAAAUGCGGGGUGUGCGGCGGCAACGGCUCGACUUGCAGGAAAAUAUCCGGCUCGCUCAACAGAUCCAAGUACGGCUACAACGACAUCGUCACCAUCCCCGCCGGGGCCACCAACAUCGACAUCAAGCAGCGCAGCCACCGCGGGGUCCGUCACGACGGGAACUACCUGGCCCUGAGGACCCUGGAGGGCAAGUACCUGCUGAACGGCGACUUUGCCAUCUCGGCCAUGGAGCAGGACAUCCUCGUUAAGGGGACCAUCCUGAAGUACAGCGGCUCCAUGACGACCUUGGAGAGGCUGCAGAGCUUCCGGCAGCUCCCCGAGCCGCUGACCGUCCAGCUGCUGACCAUCGCCAGCGAGGUCUUCCCACCCAAGGUCAAGUACACCUUCUUCAUCCCCAAGGACGUCCCCUUCAGCAAGCAGAAGGGCAAAGAGAAGAAAUCGGCCAACGUCAUCCGCCCGAUGCUCACCUCCCAGUGGGUCCUGGGCGACUGGUCCGAGUGCUCCAAGACCUGUGGCUCGGGCUGGCAGAGGCGGACGGUGGACUGCCGGGACGUUGAGGGCCAACCUUCCUCCACCUGCGACCGAGCCCUCAAGCCAGAGGACAUCAAGCCCUGCGGCGACGUCCCCUGCCCGCUCUGGCGCCUGGGCCCUUGGUCCCCCUGCUCCCAGACGUGCGGCGAGGGCGUGCGGACGCGCAACGCCUCCUGCAUCCACUACACCGGCACCAUCAUCGCCCCGGAGAAAUGCGGCUCCCCGGGGCCACCGCCGGCCACCGCCGCCUGCCUGCUGCGGCAGUGCUGAGUGGGGACGGGAUGGGAUGGGGCGAUGCUCCUGAC